AUGAGGCGCGCGGCGCUCUGGCUCUGGCUCUGCGCGCUGGCGCUGCGCCUGCAGCCGGCUCUCCCGCAAAUUGUGGCCACCAAUGUGCCCCCUGAAGAUCAGGAUGGCUCUGGGGAUGACUCUGACAACUUCUCUGGCUCCGGUGCAGGUGCUCUGCAAGAUAUCACCUUGUCACAGCAGACCCCGUCCGCCUGGAAGGACGUGGCGCUUCUGACGGCCGUGCCCACAGCUCCAGAGCCCACCGGCAGAGGCCACACCACCACCUCCACCUCCGACCUGCCCACGGGAGAGGCGCCCGGGGAGGGAGAGGCGGUGCUCGUGGCCGAGGUGGAGCCUGGCUUCACCGACCGGGAGAAGGAGGCCACCCGCCCACCCAGUGAGACCACGCCGCACCCGGCCACUCACCGGCCAUUGACAGCGAGAGCCACCACGGCCCAGGGCCCGGCCACCUCCCAUCCCCACAGGGACAUGCAGCCUGAGCACCAGGAGCCCUCGGCUUCGGCGGGACCCAGCCAGCUGGACCCUCACACUCCCAGUGUGGAGGACAGAGGUCCUUCUGCCACCGAGAGGGCCACGGAGGAUGGAGUCUCCACUCAGCUCCCAGUAGGGGAGGGCUCUGGGGAGCAGGACUUCACCUUCGACCUGUCUGGGGAGAACAUGGCCGGGACGGCGGUGGAGCCUGACCAGCGGAAUCAGCCCCCAGUGGACCACGAGGCCUCACAGGGCCUCCUGGAUAGGAAGGAAGUGCUGGGAGGGGUCAUCGCUGGAGGCCUCAUGGGGCUCAUCUUCGCCGUGUGCCUGGUGGGUUUCAUGCUGUACCGGAUGAAGAAGAAGGACGAGGGCAGCUACUCCUUGGAGGAGCCAAAACAAGCCAACGGUGGAGCCUACCAGAAGCCCAGCAAGCAGGAGGAGUUCUACGCUUGACGGGGACCGCGCCCCUCCUCGCCCUGCCACUCGCUAGGCCCCCGCUUGUCUCUUCCAUGAAGAACUGCAGGCCCUGCCGCCAUGGGAGCCCCCCAGCGCCCUGCCCGCGGACCCCCGGGGUGCGCUGGGGGCUCUCGACGCUGCUUCUCUGACUUCUGCCUGGACACUUGGGCGCAGGGGCUUUCUCGCGCGUGACCCUUCCACCACAGCCAGCGCCUGGCAUCUCCUGACUCCCGUUUCCCCAACCUGGAGCAGCCCCGCCCCAGGCCCAACUCUGGAGGGGAAGGGGACCCUGCCGCUUUGGCCCUGGAUGGGCCCGCUGGCUGGGGGCUGGCACAUCUGUCGCACUUGCUGGCGGAGACCCCCGAUCUGGGGGCGUUUCCAUCCCCGAGGGGCGGGGAGAGGAGUUCAGAGCUCCAUCGGAUUCACAUUAUUUUGCGGGAGUGGGGGGGUUGGGGGGGGUGGGGGGGGUCUCCUUUAGAUACAACUUGUUUUUGCACAUGUUUCCUCUACUUUCUCUGUUCGUAGCCCAGUAGACUUUGUUACUCCUGAGGUAAGUAAGUUGAUUCGGUUACCCCCAUCUUGCUUCCCCUAAUCUACAGCGAGGAGACAGCAUCAGGGUUCAGACUUGUUUUUUUGGUUUUUUUGUUUUUUUCGUUUUUAAACUAGGAGAACCAAAUCUGGAAGCCAACAUACAGGCCUAGUAUGUGUGUUGUCUCUGCGUUUGUCACUCACGUGUGCAACAGGGUAUGGAAUGUAUGCCGGGUGGCCCGGGGGCUGGGCUGCCCAUGGGCAGUCGCCGCUGGAGCAGCGGUGCCCGUGGCCGUGGCCGUGGCCGUGGCCCGCCGCCGUGGCCAGGCUGCUGUAAAGCAGAGGAGCUAUGGGAGAAUGGAAUCCUGGCACCUCUGGCCAGGGACCAAGGAGAGAGGACUGUGGGGCGGGAGACGGGCAGUGGGCCCAGAGAGAGUCUCCCGUAGACCGAGCCCCGCCUUGGGUGCCCCAGAAAAUGCCUCUGGGGGACAUUUUCUUCCAGAAGGUGACGUGAGGGGCUUUGGCACACACCCGGCGUGGAGCUGUUCCACGCAGGACCAGGUUCACCUUCGAUUCGCUCCGGUGGCCCUGCCCUGGGCUGGAAUCAGGAAUGUUCCAAAGAGGGAUAGUCUUUUGCUUUUGGCAAAACUCUACUUAAUCCAAUGGGUUUUUCCCUGUACAGUAGAUUUUCCAAAUGUAAUAAACUUUAAUAUAAAGUAGUCACGCAAACUCUCCUGCCCUUUGCUUCUUCUGUCUGUGCUGGUCGUGUGGACGUGACCAGCCCUUUCUCUAAACACAGAUGAAGUUGGGAAACUUGGCCAAAAACUCUGUGCCUUUAUCUUUCCCAAGAGGAGGGAUUCUGGGGUCAGAGUCCCUCUGGUUGGUUUGCUUUUCGUUUUUUUUUGUCUUUGCUAAAAUUCUUCCGAAGGUCAGCAGGUUCAGCCAAGGUUAUAGAAGGCCUGAUAGAAAUUGCUGUGUUGCCAAGCUCGAAGCACUGUCUCCUCAUUGGCUGGAGAGGCUGUGGCGGCUGCAGCCCAGCCUCGGCGGACCCCACUGGCCCCCCCAGCGGCCCGGAGCCAAGGCCUGCCUCUCAGACACCUUGGACGGACCUCCCCUCACACCUUUGCUAGGACCCGAGGCCCCCGGCCCAGCCCUCCUGGGAGCCCCUGUGCUUGCCUAUUUAAUUUGACCUUUCCAGCCGCUCUGUUGGCUGUUCCAGGAGGGGGGCCGUCGUGAUGCAGAGCGAUGCACCGCCAAGCGAAGGGAAGCUGUGCUCUGUGUUCAAUACUGGGACUUUCUGCCCGGAGCGUGUGACUGGAUGUGACUGCGGGGGGAGGGUGUGGGGAGAAGGGUGGGGAAGGGGUCCGUGACUGCUCAUCUCUGCUCAUCCCUGGGUUGGCGCCGAGCCUGUGGCUGGGCCCAUUUGUGUAAUUGUAAUAAACGGCACUUGUCAUUUUGG